UUAAAGACCCUAAUUUGAGUAUAACUACAGAUGUAGGAGUAGGAAUGAAGCGAUUUUACUUCGAGCCGAAGCUGGUUAGUGAUGCGCGGCAACAUUUCAGAAACAAAAUGGUUGACAGUGACCGCCAUAACCUUCACACUCACAGCCAUUUCCAUCUCUGCCUACGCAUUAAAGAGAAAAUGGAACCAUAUGAGCUCCAAGAUCGAGGAGCUCGAGGCAUCUCUGAAAUCCUGCUCUGAGAAAUGUGCCUCCGAAAGGCAAGGGCGAAUCAGGGCUCAACAGGCUUUGAGAGAAGAAGUUACAAAGUCGCAACCUAAGUCUGAAAACCUAAACCUCACCUGUUAUCCCAUGAUGCCAAUCGGUACCGUCCACUCCUGCUUCUCCACCAGGAACGGGACGCCGAGGCAACCGUUACUCGUGCCACUUGCUAGGGCGUGUUUGGUUUUUAACACUACUCGCGUUCCACCGGCGUCGCUCGAGGGUUUGGAGGAAUAUUCUCAUUGUUGGAUUCUGUAUGUUUUUCACUUAAAUACGGAUAUUGAUAAGCUGUGGAAGCAUCCGUCUAAAUCAGGGUUCAAGGCCAAGGUGAGGGUUCCGAGACUGAAGGGUGGAAGAAAGGGAGUGUUUGCCACACGAUCCCCACACCGUCCAUGCCCCAUCGGACUCACAGUUGCAAAGGUAGAGGCUGUACAGGGAAAUAUGGUUUUGCUCUCGGGUGUGGAUCUGGUUGAUGGAACUCCAGUGCUAGAUCUCAAGCCUUACAUACCAUAUUGUGACAGCAUCCGAGAAGCUACAGUGCCAAAUUGGUUGACAGAUGAUAACUUGCUUUCUGUAGCUUCUAUUAGCUUUUCGGAGGACUUCACUUCAGCUCUCGAAAAUUGCUGGAUAGUGGCGGAAAAGAAGUCAUUGUAUGCAUCACCAGGUGAGUUCCAAAGCUUGAUAAAGCAGGUUCUUUCAUGGGAUAUUCGGUCAUUGAGUCAACGCAAUCGGCCACAUGAUGCAUUACUUAAGAAUGAAAACGAUGAACUAUUGGGUAAUGCUUCUGAUGUAGAUGACCACGAAAAUGAAACAGUAGUCCAUGAAAGAGAGCAGAAUGCUAUAUAUUCCAGUAAAAUCAUUUAUCACCUGAUUUUGGAGGGACUUGAUGUCUCUUACAGAAUUGAUCAUGUCGGUCAUGUCAUAGUAGAUAAUGUAUCACAUGCUGUGCAGGAUAAUAAGCGUAGUUUCUUUAAUUACUUGGCAUGGAAAGGCAAGAUGCAAUGAUUUCUUUUAUUCUACCCGAUUACUUGUUAAGCUAUUUUAA